AUGAAUACGAAGUUUCUCACUAACAAAUCAAGACGACCAAGGACGGCCUUCACCAGCCAACAGCUUUUGGAGUUGGAGCAACAAUUCGUGUGUAACAAAUAUCUAUCCAGACCGAAACGAUUCGAAGUGGCGACGUCACUUGGACUAACUGAAACGCAGGUGAAAAUCUGGUUUCAAAACCGUCGCAUGAAGUGGAAGCGGUCUCAGCGCUCUGGCAGAAGCACACCUCAGUCUCCCACUCUAAAGAAUGCUGAUUCCGGUUCGCGAGAAACUGAAUUCUCAAAAAUUGAUGUAGUGGAACCACAGACCAAAGAUAAAUUCACAUCUUGA